GGACUCCGUUUGCAUGACAGGUCAACAAACAAAAUAUAGUCUGUAUUUCCAGCACACUCUCCUCUCUCUCUGUUUUUUUUUUUUUUUGAUCCGCCUCUCUCUCUGUUUCGGUUUGCCUUUGUAGUGCGGAGAGAGUGCGGAGAGAGAGAGAGAGAGAGGGGAAUAUCUUGCAGAUCUCUCUUUUCUUUUCUCCUUCCUCUCCAAGCUGUUCUAGUAAUGGCGGACGAACCUUCUAUCACUCGCUGGUCCUUCAUGUUUGGAAGAAAAAAAGCCCCCGAGGAAAAAGAGGACGUAGCAAACGGUCAAGCUGCUGUCAACUCUUCCAGUGUAACAGCAAGUGGAAGUGGGCAUGUGAAGAAAACACCAGAGUUGGCUAUUUAUGAACAGUAUCGGAAUCAGGAUCAAGGGAGCACAGCCCACUACAAUGGGAUAUCGUCUGCCGGACUAGUUGAAAAACCGCAAAGAUCUCUAUUUCCUCCUUUUGAGUCAGCAGAAAUGCGUACCUUAGGAGAGAGUUUAAGUAGGGAUAUCAUUCGUGGGAAUCCAGAUGUGAAAUGGGAAAGCAUAAAGGGGUUAGAGAAUGCCAAACGUCUACUUAAAGAAGCAGUUGUCAUGCCAAUAAAAUAUCCCAAGUACUUUACCGGUCUUCUAUCGCCAUGGAAAGGUAUCCUACUUUUUGGCCCUCCAGGAACGGGAAAGACUAUGCUUGCAAAGGCUGUUGCAACCGAGUGCAAUACCACCUUUUUUAAUAUUUCAGCAUCAUCUAUAGUCAGCAAAUGGCGUGGUGAUUCAGAGAAGUUAGUGAAAGUUUUAUUUGAGCUUGCUAGGCAUCACGCACCUUCUACAAUAUUUCUUGAUGAAAUAGAUGCAAUCAUUACUCAACGUGGUGAAGGACGUAGUGAGCAUGAAGCAAGCAGGCGUUUGAAAACUGAACUACUUAUUCAGAUGGAUGGUUUGACCCGCACAGAUGACCUUGUUUUUGUUUUGGCGGCAACAAACCUCCCUUGGGAACUAGAUGCAGCCAUGCUCCGGCGCCUUGAGAAACGGAUUCUUGUACCUCUUCCGGAGCCAGAAGCAAGAAGAGCCAUGUUUGAGGAACUAUUGCCAUCACCUUCUGAUGAGGAGAAGCUUCCCUAUGAUUUAUUGGUGGAGAAGACUGAAGGCUAUUCAGGUUCCGACAUUCGACUAGUGUGCAAAGAAACUGCCAUGCAGCCCCUGAGACGGUUAAUGUCUGUUCUUGAAGAAAGCCACGAAGUGGUGCCUGAGGAUGACCUGCCCAAGGUCGGACCAAUCAAACCAGAAGAUAUUGAGGUAGCUUUGAAAAACACGAGGCCCUCUGCGCAUCUCCAUGCUCACCGGUACGAUAAGUUCAAUACCGACUACGGCAGUCAACUCCUCCAAUGAUGGCACACCUGUGUCAUUAACUGUCAAAAUUCAUCUUUAGACAGACCUCAUUUUUUGGCAUUGCAAGUCUUGAAUGUUAUAGCAAGCCCAGAUGAUGUUCAAAUUUCCUUAUUUGUUUUUGUUCUCUGACUCCGUGAAUAGGUGGAUUCCCCAACUUUAGUUUUCCUGGUGUUAGGGGAAAUUGUUGUGUCGUAUCCUUUGAUUUGAGAAAAGAAUAGUCUUAGCCAUUGAAAGAGAAUCAUGUUAAAAGAAAUAUUGAAAACCAACCAAACCAAUGCGAUUCACCCUGGGUUUUGACAAUUUGAUAGUGAUGACGAUCUCCUAAUUUUGACAUCA